AUGUCUCAGGAAACGAAACCUCAAUUCAAAUCUCCUCUACAAACGGGCAACUUCGCCCCAGUCCACCACCAACACACCCUAACACCAUGCAAAUACCACGGCACCAUCCCCCCAGAACUAAUCGGCGGGCAAUAUAUCCGCAAUGGCGCAAACUCAUAUAUCCCGCAGCAGUCUAACCGGGCAGAACACUGGUUUGACGGUGAUGGCAUGCUGAGCGGUGUAUUCUUUCGCCGCACGACAAAUGGCGUGAGACCCGAAUAUGUGAAUCGUUUCAUUGUUACAGAUAUAUUUCGCACCGCGGUUGAGAAUCCUCUCCUCCAGGCGCCAGUAUUACCCAGUAUUGCUACGUUGAUCGAUCCGGCGUCGAGUCUGGUCAGGAUUGUAUGUGCGGUGCUGCGGACGGUUGGUAUUGUGAUCUGGUCGUGGUUUUCGAGGCCGAUUAGGAGAAUCGGCGUCGCGAACACGAGUAUCAUUCACCAUGAUGGGAGGAUGUUGGCGACGUGUGAGAGUGGGCCACCUAUAAGGGUGUUGCUGCCCCAGCUUUACACGGUGGGAUGGUUUGAUGGGUGGAAAGCAGAGGGGGAGAGUAUCAAGAGUGCUAACGAUAAUCCUGGUUUUGGGAAAUCGGGCUUACUGGGUUCUCUCCGAGAAUGGACGACGGGACAUCCACAUGUCGAUCCCCAGUCUGGCGAAUUGGUUGUAUUCCACUCCACUUUUAUCAAGCCAUAUGUGCGAUAUUCUGUCAUAUCCAGUGAGAAAAAACAGCAAAGGGGAGAAGCUAGAUAUCUACUCAACAUGCCCGUCCCAGGCAUCUUCUCACCAAAAAUGAUGCACGAUUUUGGCGUCUCACACAAUCACACAGUCAUCAUCGACAUGCCCUUAUCAUUGGAUCCCUUUAAUCUAACCCGAAAUAAACCCGUUGUGGCCUUCAAUCCGAAUGGAACAACAAGAUUCGGUGUGUUUCCUCGAUACGCACCAGAUAAAGUGCAGUGGUUUGAAACGGAUGCCCAUACUAUAUUCCACACGGUUAAUACAUGGGAUGAGCCAUUUUCACCUGAGAAGGGUGAGAAUGAAUCCAAAGUCAACAUGAUUUGCUGCAGAAUGAAAACCGCCUCGGUAUUAUUCUCCGCAGGCAACAUCCAACCACCCACAACCGAAAUGGUAGAACAAUGUCGAUUAUAUUACUACCAAUUCAAUCUCACCACCAAGCAAAUAACGAAACAAUGGGCUUUCUCGGCUAUUGAACUGGAAUUCGUGAAAAUUGCGCCUCAUCUCGAGAUGAGCAAUGCCCGUUUCGUGUAUGGUUGUUCUACCAGGAAUGGUUCGUUUAACGAAGCUCUCGGCGCAGGACCUAAAAUCGACUGUUUAACUAAAAUCGACGUGGCUGAAUUGUUGGAUCGUGCUGGUAGAGAGUUACCAGGGCCGGUAUCAGGAUGUGUGGAUGGGAGAUCUAUACAGGAGGUUAUGGAGAGUGACGAUCUUAACGAUCCAGUGACAGUUUUUCAAAUGCCAGGUGGAUGGUAUGCACAAGAAUGUUCAUUUAUUCCACGAAGCGAUGCAGUAAAAGAAGAUGAUGGAUGGUUGGUAACACUUGUGUUUGAUGAAUCGCAACUUGAUCAGGAUGGCGAUGCUGUUGAUGAUGCGAAGAGUGAGUUGUGGGUUAUUGAUGCGAAGAAUAUGAGGGAUGUGGUGACUAGAAUUGUACUGCCUCAGCGGGUCCCGUAUGGACUUCAUGGGAACUGGUUCUCAGAAGACGAGAUUAUGAGGCAGAGACCUGUUGAGAGCUUGAGGAGUGUAGUAUAUUGA